GGUGUGCACCUUGCGUCCUCCUCCCGAGUCCCGUCCCCUGCCACAGCUCCACCCAAGUUUCUGCUACGAGUGACUGUGUGUAUGUAUCACGUUUCGUGUGACGGUUGGAGAGGGAACAUGGCCUCCCUAGCAACCAGAUCAGCGCAAACGGAGCAGCCCGGCUCGCAGGAAGAUGGCAGCUAUUGCAGUGUUGGUGAAGAUAGUGCACAAAACUGGAAGCUAAAAGCUGAACAAGCAAAGAAAGCAGAAUUUCUCCGUGAAACAGAGAAACUCAAACACCAAAUAGCAGUACUAGAAAAAGACAAGAACGGACAUCUGUAUAAUAAGAAUAAUGACUUCAGAAUUGACUACAGUGCACUGGAAGAAUAUGAGCAAAGGCUGGCGAGCAGCAGGAAAGUAGACAAAGUUAAAACUGAGCAACAACUAUCAAAAAUACAUAAUAAUGUGAAGAGGCUCCAGCUCCAGUUAAAAGAUGUCAAACCUACUCCAGAGUUUGUUGAGAAACUUAGAGAAAUGAUGGAAGAUGUAGACAAUGCAAUUUCUGCUUUUAAAGAAGAACAGCGGAUAAUAUUUGAAGAGCUAAUGAAGGAAGAAAAGACAACUACUAUUGAGCUGACCGUCCUGGAGAAGAAAAUUGAGGCAUCAUUAAACAAUGUGCCAGGACAGUCGUUUAGGGCCCCCACUGGUAAAGCUGUAAUAGACACCGUUGUUUUCAGCCGGCUCCCAGAAGAAGUGGUGGCAUUUGAAAAGUUUCUGCAACAGACAGGAGGGCGUCUGGGAGGAUGGGAUGAUUUCGACCACCAAAGCUUCCUAAAAGUGUGGACCAAACAUAAGGGCAAGCCCUCAUAUCUAGAAGAGGCAUUGGCAUACCUGCCAAGCAGAACACAGGAGGAUGUACAACAACAUGAAGCCUGGUAUCAGGAGUUUCUCUGUCUAGAGGAGAAGAAGAAAGACUCUAUUCAGAAGUGGAAAUCAAGAAAGCAGCAAGAAAAGCAGGAAAUGUCAAAGCUUCAGGAAAAGACAAAAGAAGUUACAGAGUUCGAUCGGUGGCAGCGUGAAGAGGCUCAAAAACAGAAAAUAGAAGAGGAAAAGAGAAAGCGGCAACAGGAAGUUGAGGCCUGGAAGAGGCAGAAGGAGAUUGAGGCUGCUGCACAACUUGAAGAAAAACUGAAGGAAGAGGAAGAGCGUCAGAGAAAACAGAGGAAAGAGCGCCAGCGUCAGCUGGAAGUCAGGCUGAUAGUGGAGGAGCAUGCACGGAUUAGGAAAGAGCAAGAAGAGUUUCUAAGACUGGAAAAAGAAGUCAUGGAAGAAGCAGAGAGGGAAGAGAAGAGGAGACUAGCUGCAUAUGAGAUAUAUCGAUUUCAAGAUAGGGAUCAAAAUAAACUUGAGGAAAGGGCAAAUGAAAAAAGGGCUAAAGAAGAAGCUGAAAAAGAAAAAGAAAAGAGACUAGCAAAAUUAAAAGAAAAGGUACAAGUUCAUGUUGAAAGAGAUCCUUCCAGACUAUGUAAGCUUACUAAAGGAUGGGAAGAACGCUGCAAAAACAUAGGCCCAACGGGUUCCGGUCCAGCUUUGAGCAUUCCACACCGAGCUGUGCCAACAUGGAGACAAGGUUUAUAGGCUGCCAAUAUAAAGAAAAUAACAGAUUAACAAAAAGACUUGGAUUAUGCAUUAGACUAUGGUUAAUCGAGACAUUUCUCCCUACGUACCUUGGCCCUCAUUCCGAGUUGUUCGCUUGUUGCCGAGUUUCGCUAUAUUGCGAUUAGUCGCUUACUGCGCAUGCGCAAGGUUCGCAGAGCGCAUGCGCUUAGUUAUUUUACACAAAAGUUAGGUAUUUUACUCACGGCAUAACAAGGAUUUUUCAUCGUUCUGGUGAUCGGAGUGUGAUUGACAGGAAGUGGGUGUUUAUGGGCGGAAACUGGACGUUUUAUGGGUGUGUGCGGAAAAACGCUGCCGUUUCUGGGAAAAACACGGGAGUGGCUGGAGAAACGGGGGAGUGUCUGGGCGAACGCUGGGUGUGUUUGUGAAGUCAAACCAGGAACGAAACUGACUGAACUGAUCGCAGUGGCAGAGUAAGUCCCGAGCUACUCAGAAACUGCAAAGAAAUUUCUAUUCGCAAUUAUGCGAAUCUUUCGUUCACAAUUCUGUUAUGCUAAGAUUCAAUCCCAGUAGGCGGCGGCUUAGCGUGUGCAAUGCUGCUAAAAGCAGCUUGCGAGCGAACAACUCGGAAUGAGGGCCCUUAUGUUACACAGUAGUUCUGCAGACUGAUGGCUGAGGAUUACCGAUCCUUGCUCCUGAUUUCAGCACAAAUUACAGAAUAUUUUUGCUGCCUUUGUGAAGGAAAUGGGGUAGGUUCUGGAGCAUGCAAUCUGCAUAGGCAGAGCUGAGAAAUGGACUGUUUGCUCUAAUGUUUCCCUGAUCGUUUUAAUUGUCUUUUUUGACUUAUAAUUUUUAAUUACAUUUUCAGUAAAAAAAAUAUGUUAUGCUAAGAGCUGACAUACUUGUAAUUUAAGAAAAAUCUAGUUGAAAAUUAAAAGAUAUUUAGUUUU